GAAAAAUGGGACGUGCUGGACGAAAACGGUUUUCAGAUUUGGAGUCAGCAAGCGAAAUUUGUUCAAGUACGGGUGAAAGAAUCCCAGUAUCAAAACGCUUGUUGACCAGUGUUAUCUUUAAUGCACAGUAGUUACAAGAUUGUCAUUUGCAGGAAGUAGGAAGUCUCGUCUUUGCGGUUAAAUACUUUAAAAUCCAUUCAUAAAGUUCUUUUUUAUUCGUGUUUGUAUGUAUUUUAUUUUGUUUCAUUUAGAAGUUCAGUGGUAACUUGAUGUGCGAAUUUAAUUAAUAUUUCUUCAGAGAAGGUGACGAGCAUUUAAGGAGUAGGCUACUAGCUGAUCAGCCAUCAGGACUUCAAAGAGAAAUGCCGGCUGUCUAAGAAGCCAUGACACUUUUCAUCGCACUCUUUUUUAUUCCCACCGUCACUGGCCAGUUCAGCGUCUCUGUCCCAAAACCCGAAGUGACUGCGGCUCUUUAUUCGGACGUACUGCUGCCAUGCACGUUUUCUUUGGAAAAGCCUCAACAUCAGAUAAAGUACGUCGCUGUGAUCUGGAGACACAAAAACAAGCAGCUGGCCGCGUGCACGUUUGAAAUAAUAACACACAGCAUCAAGGUAGAACUGAAAAAAAGUGAUCUGGAGAGGAAUAACGCGUCUCUGCUUCUGAAGAAUGUCUCCAUUGACGAUGAAGGGGUCUAUGAGUGCUACGUUUUAGAGGCGCCAAACGAAGACAAGGGAAAUGUCCGACUCAGAGUUACAGCUGCUCCUCACAUCUCUCUGAAGCCAUCCCUAGUUGAGACAGAUGUACCAACUAUAGUGGAAUGCAGUGCCAAGAACUUCUACCCUGGAAAUAUCACUCUGGAGUGGCUGGUGGAUUCAACACCUCUGCUUAAUCAGGAACAUCAGCAGUUGUGCCCUAAUCCAGAUGGCACUUUUAAUGUGGUGACACACUACAACAUAACAGCAGGUGGAGGUCAGCUAUCCUGUCGGGUUAAUCAUGAGUCCCUGGAGGGAAGACCUCUAGAGAAAUCGCUACAAAUCUGCAAGCCAUCACUCUCGGUGUCACACAGAACUCUCUUGAGGAGCGAGAAGCAGAAUGUGACAUGUAAGCUGGAUGGCUGCCUUUUCAGUCAAGUCAACAUUAGCUGGAUUCACAAUAGCACCACUUAUAAUGAAUCGAAUUGCAAAAAUGCUACAGAGUGUUCAGGCACAGUGGCCUUAAUGCUUCCCCAUGAAGAAAAUGAAUUGACUUUUACUUGUAAGGCUGAAGUGGAGGGGUUUGACAAGCUACUUACUGAAGAUGUCACCUUUAGUCUCGAAGGUGCAACCAUGCCUGAGAACAAAAGGAAUAGGAUCUUCAUCAUCCUGGCCAUUGUUGUACUUGUAGUAGUAAUAUUAAUACUACUAUUCAAACUAUGUCACAAGUCCUCUGCUGCUGACACUGAAAGAGGGGCAAAAUCCACACAAGAUGGUGGGAAUUCAAUUCGUCCAAUCCUGAGAACCAUACAAAAUGAGAGUAGAAUAGAAAGAAAACCGCUCUUGAAAAGAGCUGGAAAAGCAACGUUCAGAAACCAAAGUGCUACAAAAAAGGGUAAAACCAAACAAAAUCACAAAGGUCAACAAAAAUAACAAAGGAAAGGACACUAGCAUAUAUCAGUCACUCUGAAGAGUCUGCGGUCCAUUGAACUGUCAGCUGUUUUUUUCCUGCCCCCCUCGUUUUCGGUGUUAUCUGCCUAGCACUGCUCCCCAAAAAGUUUUAGGUGCUUACAGGUUAAGAGUUUUUGUCUCCUUUUUGCCUAAGAAACCUUCCGUGAGAACCCUAAAUCCAAAGAGGACUGUUUCAUUUA